AUGGCCCUCAGUGAAGUGCCUCCUGAAAACGUUUCCAAAACCCCUAUUUUUUUAAUGGCUACAGCAGGCGUUCGGUUUCUUCCAGAGUCCCAACAGGCAUCACUUCUAAAAGGGAUCUGUAAAUUUCUACAAACGAACACAAAAUUCCACCUUCCUGAUUGUGACGAACGAGUACAGGUUAUAUCCGGAGAAACAGAAGGAUUGUAUGGCUGGAUUGCAACAAAUUACCUCUUGGGGGCUCUUGAUCGACCGAAAGAACAUGUCCACGGAAAGGGUCACCAUACUUAUGGCUUUCUGGACAUGGGUGGCGCGUCGGCACAGAUUGCCUUCGCUCCUAACACGACCGAAGCCGAGCGCCAUGCCAAUGAUCUAAAAUUAAUUCGAAUGCGACGUCUGGAUGGGUCAUCAGCUGAGUACAAGGUCUUCACUGCGACAUGGCUAGGAUUUGGAGCCAACAAAGCCCGGUUUCGGUAUAUACAAAGUUUAGUGGAAAGCUACGCCGAUCCAGUCGACGAAAUUCCGGAUCCCUGUAUGCCGAAGGGUCUUCGAAGUUAUCUUGGGGAGGAUUCAGGUCCCGGCAAAUCUAUCAUCGGCAAAACUCUUGUCGGAACGGGCGCGUUUGAUGAGUGUUUGAAGAAAACGUAUCCCCUACUUCGUAAAGAUGCGCCAUGCGAAGAUCAUCCAUGCCUUCUAAACGGCCAGCACGUUCCAGCAUUAGAUUUCGAAGUUAACCAUUUCAUUGGUGUGUCAGAGUACUGGCAUACUACCCACGGCGUUUUUGGCAAGGAGCAACAGGCAUACGAUCUCGCAAGUUAUCAGCAAGAAGUCCUUGCUUUCUGUAGCCGCGAGUGGGCUGCAAUAAAAAGCGACAUAGUCAAACGGAAGAAAUCUACAGAAGAGAAGAUUCAAGACGCACAAGAAGCCUGCUUCAAAGCGUCUUGGCUUAUAAAUGUUCUAUAUGAAGGGAUUGGAAUCCCUCGGCUUGGCGUGGGACCUUCGCCUAGACCCAGCUUCAAUACAACAUACGACAAGCCAGGAAAUGGCAGGCAGGACCUCCUCAACUCGUUCCAACCAAUUGAUACCGUGGAAGGUGUGGAAGUGAGUUGGACCCUAGGAAAGAUGGUUCUCUAUGCGUCGGGCCAAAUAUCACCUCAUCUCUCGUCAUUGCCCGUUGGCUUUGGAAGCAAUGUAGCUUCGAAGACGCCCUCCGAUUUUGAGCACGCAGGAUCUAUACCUUUGACAUCGGACUCCUAUUUCGAUAGUGAAGACAGUGAUACCGACGACAACAACGCUUUCGAAAACCAGACCUUGUAUUAUGUCUUGGGCUUGAUGUUUGUCGCUUUAUUAGUCGUAUUCUUUCUUCAACGGCCUGAUCGAAGUCGUCGAAUACAGAACAUUUGGCGGCGACGCCACUCCGGUCGCAAGCCACGGUGCGGACUUAGCUUAAAUAAAAUAUUUGGUCGUGGUACGGCAAAUUAUGAAAGAAUCUUAGAACAAGGCGAGGCUACAGGAUAUGAGCUCGAUGGCUCUUCCGAGGAUAUCAACGGCUCUGACAGCAGUGAGGGAUCCCAUGCAAAUAGAUACAACGGGCCAGGGGCCCCUAAAGUCGUCUUGGGUCGCCUCGAGGAGGGUCAACAACCAUCAGUAAUGGAUCGAACUGGACUAGUCCUUCGAACAGAAAGUAGGGAACGUCUGGCACCAAACCUCCAAAUGUUAAACGCUGGUAGGAGAAGCAGAGCAACCAGCCCGACUCGAUUGAAAAGCCCGCUUAUGACUCCGACGCAAGCUGAGUAG